UUUUAUAUUGUUGAAUUGUGGAAACACAUCGGAGAUAAAUUCUAUAUGUUUAACAUUUUAUCAUGAAACAAGAAGUGUUUUAUUUUGUCUUAUAUUAUUAUAUUAUUUAUAUUAUUUAUAUUAUUGCAGUGUUUAAUGUGAUUGAAUACAAUAUUAAUAGCGUAUAAUAUUAAGAUUUUUGUAAAAUUUGCUAUUGAAUCAAAUGUAGAACUUCAGAAUCAGACGCAGAUUGCUUGUUCUUAUGUUUAUUUCCUUAUCUAUAUUUUUGUUAAAAAUCAUGCGAGGAUAAAGUACAGCGAAUAAAGCACAGUAAAUAACGCAACAUCCAGCAAGAUUUCGCAAAUGAUCAAUCGCUUGAAUUUUACGAACAAGGAUAGAGUGCAUUAUUUAUUAACGCGGGAAAUAAACAAGACUGCUCGAGAGAGAAUUUAAUAUGAUAGAUCCGUUUAUGAGAUAUGACAUGUAACAGUGCAAACAGAAAAUAUUCACAAAAAAAUAAACAGAUUAAUUAGAUUGUCUUUAAAGUUUACAUCAAAAAGUAAAACAGAUAGAUCGUGAAUUUCGUAUGCCAUAAGUAAAUAACUAAUUAUAAUUUACUUAUACUAAACUUUAUAAUCGAUUUAAAAAGAAACAGACAAUUAAUAACAAUUUUAACCGUAAGAUCUUUGUUAGAUUCACAUUUAUGCAAAAAAUUACUAUGGAAUGGUUAAUUUUAUAAAAAAAAAUAAAAUAUGAACUAUAAUAAAUUUUCAUUUCCAUUAUAAUACAUUUGGACUUAAAUCAGAUUUUUAACAAACAAAGGGCAAAGAUAGCAGAGAAUCUGCUUACUUAGCAGAUUUGCUUUACGAAUUUUGUUGUGUCUUGUCUAUCUCGACAUACGUAUUGCUCAUGUAAGUAUCAUGUUAUCAUUCUCAAUGUCGCGCAAUACAAGAUGGCCGCAGCGAGGGAUCAGAAGCGUAUGCUGUAUCAUCAACAAUUCAGAUAAAUAAGACAUUGAAAACUUAUUCUAGCCAAAGCUAGCGAUAAGAGACUUCUUAAUGCACAUGACUUUGAAUCACUUCAUUUAUUCAUCUAAAAAAAUGUGGAAAUAAUCCUAAGCGCAGAAAAAAAUAAAAGACACUUCUUAUCGAAAUCUGCUUCUAGACGUCGUAUUGCUAACAAGCAGACAUUAAUAUAUAUAGCUUUGAGCCACGUUUCAAGUCGAGGGUCAUCAAACAGGAAGUGUCAGAAGUCAGAGGACAGCCUGGAGGAGAGACAAGUUGUAAUUGCAAAUAGUAACGAAAACGUAGAAUUUAGAUAUCGUCAGGCAUUGAUCAUCAAAUAGCAAUCACCUGUCGCUAGUAUCCUCAAUAGCAACAAUGAUACGCGCUAAAGUGCUGGACGGCGGUUUCUCCGGUCAACUGUCUCGCCAUGUAGGUGCUAAGUUCGACGACGACCCGUUGUGGACAGCGCGGUUCCUUCAGACUAAUCCAUCGGCCGUGUACAAUACACACCUGAACUACCUGCGUGCCGGUGCUGAAAUAAUCGAGACCAACACGUAUCAGGCAUCAGUAUCAGGUCUUAUGAAGCAUCUGAACAUCAGCAUGGAUGAAAGUCUCACCUUGCUAGCUAAGGCUGUAGAACUGGCUAAACAGGCAGUAGCCGCUUAUAUGAAGGAAAAAACGACAGAGGACGAGCAAAAUGCUGAGAAGCCCUUGGUAGCUGGCUCAUGCGGACCUUACGGCGCUUGUCUGCAUGACAAGUCGGAGUAUACCGGAGCCUACGGAAAGAGCGUGUCGCGACAGGAACUAAUGAACUGGCAUAGACCGCGCAUACGAGCGUUAUUGGACGCCGGCGUCGAUUUGUUAGCUCUGGAGACUAUACCUUGCGUAAAAGAGGCGGACGCGUUGGUAGAUUUGUUGCGGGAGUUUCCGCAGGCUCGUGCCUGGCUCUCGUUCUCUUGCCGCGACGACCGACAUAUAGCUGAUGGAAGCGACUUCCGAGAGGUAGCUGUACGCUGCUACCGAGCCCUGCCCGAGCAAAUCGUCGCGGUGGGCAUCAACUGCGUCCCACCAAAUUAUGUGAAAAGCUUGUUGCAAGAGAUCAAUAAGGACAGUGACACGCAGGGUUUUAUUCCUUUGGUGGUGUAUCCCAACAGAGGCGGCUCUUAUUCCGAAACCGACGAAUGGAUACCGGUCCCGGACAAUCAGCGAAUUAAUUUGCCUGUGUUGGAAUGGCUCGAUCUGGGAGUGCGUUAUAUCGGCGGCUGCUGCAAGGUCUUUGCGGAAGAUAUACGCGCGAUUCGCUCGUUGGUGGAUCGCUAUCGCCUCACAGAACAGCAGCAUUGACUUCGAACGACAUAUUGCGGAAUAAUUAAGUCGUAUCUUCUGGGGAAAAUAGAUAUUAGCGGCUCGAGAACAAACAAUAUAAAAAUGUUUUUCGGGAGAGCAAACACAAUAUUGCUUACGGAUUUCGGCGCGGACAAACACAUCGAUAAUACGCGAUGGCGACACACGAUACAUCAUAGCCGGAUGUAGUUAUUUUUUAAAUUAAUAGAAAUUAUAUGCAAACCAAUUAUCUUCCUUCUCACAUUGCCGUCUCAUGAAUUUAGCCCUGUUCAAAAUCCAUAUCCUGUUACGUUAU